AAUUAUUCCAUCACACGAUGAUCUUUCUCUACUACUCUUCGUACAACUUCGACAAUAGGGUCUGGAAAAUGUCAGAAUUGCAGACCACAUGAUUGAAAAGAGGAAGCAAUAGAGGAAAUGUAAUUACAUGUCGAAGUACACAUAACCAAGGGAUUGAGUGACCUUGGAGAGAUGUGUUUCAGGGAGUUCUUAGAUUUUUCUACUAUUUGUUUUAUUUUAUGGAGGAUCAAGGUCUCCUUGAUCUAGUAAACAGCAAACACUGAAACACAUCGCUGCAUUGCAACACACAUACAUGAAUAACAUAAAUAAAAAACUUAAAAUUUGGGAAAGGUCUAACCAUCACAUGAGAACCACGAAGACAAGUCCACGAAGCUUAUGAAUGGCCGGUUAAGUGCAAAAUCCAACAGGCCUUGAUAUACUGGUUGAUGAUGUGCAACAAUGAAGGAGAAAUUGAUAAUACUAAUGAUGAUGAAAAUGAAGAGGAAGACAACUUUGAUUAUGGCAACAUGGAAAGACUAUCUACAUCCAGAAUCAAGGAAAUAAAAGCUCAGUUUCUCACCUUACUACAGCAAGCAAUUCCUUGUUCAUUGUACGGUAUAAAACCUAGAGGCGUGUCAUGGUCUGAUGAGGCAAUUACAAAGUUACAAGAAGUGGUUGUUGAUAAAGAGAUGAUGAUUGAAGUUAUAUCUCACAAUGACAGUCAACAUUAUGGUGUAGCUUUGAUGCAGACCAUUGGUGAAGAGUGUUAUAGCAUAAAUAAAGAAUUUAUUCAGAAAGGUUAUGCUGUCUCAAAUAUUGGACAAUUUGUUGUUACUGUGGGAACAAACAUCACAGGUUAUCAAUUUCCUACCAUUGAAAUUCCUGGCUAUGAAGAUGUUGAAGUCACUCAUGUUGAAAAUCUCGACACAUUUUGGUGCCAUCUUACGGAUUCUGCUACGGAAAUGGAAAAUCUCAUGACUAAUCUUCAAGAUUAUUACGAUGUUAAUCCACCUAAAAGUACUGACUUAGAUUUAUUGAAAGAAGGUUCUCCUUGUUGUGCGCGUUUCAGUGAAGAUCAAAUGUGGUAUCGUGGGAGGAUUAACCAAUAAACGCUUCAAAGUUCAAUACGUAGAUUAUGGGAACUGUGAAGUGUUGAUUUUAAAAAGUAUAGCCGUGCUGAGUCAAGAGUUUUUACAAUUACCUGUCCAAGCAAUUGAAUGUGGCCUUGUGAAUAUUUCAUCGUCGAAGAGGAAUAAGAGCAAAUAUGCCGAGCAGUUUCACGACCUUGUCGACGGUAAAGAACUCGUCUGUCGUAUUGAGAAUCUUACAGAUAAUGGCAAAUAUCUGGUUUUGAUUUUGAACACCGAGAGAGAAACAGUUGUAAUCAACGAGAUAAUGAACUUGUUUAUUGAAAA